AUGCCAUUAGUUAAAAGAAACAUUGAACCUCGGCAUCUUUGCCGAGGAGCUCUGCCUGAAGGAAUUACUAGUGAAUUAGAAUGUGUAACCAAUAGUACCCUUGCUGCAAUUAUACGCCAGCUUAGCAGCCUAAGCAAGCAUGCUGAAGACAUAUUUGGUGAGCUGUUUAAUGAAGCCAACAACUUCUACAUAAGAGCAAAUUCCCUUCAAGACAGAAUUGACCGACUUGCUGUCAAAGUUACCCAGUUGGAUUCAACUGUGGAAGAAGUCUCAUUACAGGAUAUCAACAUGAAAAAAGCCUUCAGAAGUUCUACAAUACAGGACCAGCAGGUGGUUUCAAAGACCAGCAUUCCCAAUCCUAUAGCUGAUAUUUAUAAUCGGAGUGACAAACCUCCUCCAUUGAAUAUUCUUACUUCAUAUAGAGAUGAUAAAAAAGAUGGAUUAAAGUUCUAUACUGAUCCAUCUUAUUUCUUUGAUCUCUGGAAAGAGAAAAUGUUACAAGAUACAGAAGACAAAAGAAAAGAGAAGAGACGACAAAAGGAGCAAAAGCGUAUAGAUGGCACAGCUCGCGAGGUGAAAAAGGUUAGAAAAGCAAGGAACAGGCGCCAGGAGUGGAAUAUGAUGGCAUAUGAUAAAGAGCUUAGACCAGACAACAGGUUGUCUCAAAAUCUAUACCACGGAGCAUCAUCCGAGGGAUCUCUGUCCCCUGAUACUAGAUCUCAUGCUUCAGAUGUUACCGCUUACUCAUAUCCUGCGACUCCAAAUCAUUCCCAUCAGCAGCCAAUGAUGCCUUCAUAUGGAGCAGGAGAUGUCCCUCAGUACAUACUUGCAAGUCAGGGCCACGAACAUGAAUAUAGGCCACCUUCUACAACAGUGCGGCAUGCUACUUUGAACAGACCGCAGCAACCACCCCCACCCCCACCCCAAGCUUUAGACGGACCCUUUGGCACUGUAGCACGGGUACCAGCUGAUUAUGGGAUGCUUGCAGCUCAGAUGGUGGAUUAUUUCAAUCCUUCAGGACCCCCGCCGCCUCCCCCUCCACCCAUGAUUCCUUCUGCACAGACUGCUUUUGUUAGUCCUCUCCAAAUCCCUGUGCUACCUUCCCAUCCUGGACUAGUGACUGGAUCUAUGUAUUCUGCUGCACUUCAUCCUCCUUCUACUGGGCUUGUUGUUACAGCUCCCCCUCCUCCAGGCCCGCCUCCUCCCCCUCCAGGCCCUCCUGCUGCAGGAUCCUCUCUCUCCUCCUCUCCGAUGCAUGCUCCUGCAGUGGCUGAGACAAAACGACAUGAGCCCCCCCAGUCGCCCAUCAGUGAUGCUCGAAGUGAUCUUCUGGCUGCUAUUCGGAUGGGAAUCCAGUUGAAAAAAGUACAAGAGCAGCGUGAACAGGAAGCUAAGCGUGAGCCAGUUGGAAAUGAUGUGGCCACAAUUCUUUCUAGGCGUAUUGCUGUGGAGUAUAGCGACUCGGAUGAUGAUUCAGAAUGUGAAGAAAAUGACUGGUCAGACUGA